AGAAGUUAUGUGAGCAAACGCUUUCUGGAUGUCAUUAAGAGUUGCACUGAUGGCUGGCACGCACCUUUGAAAGACCUGGCUGAAGCUCAGCAAGUUCAAGUUUAUACUGAUGCUGAGUUUCUGAGUGGACCGGAACAAGUCAGAGUUGAAUGGCGGCGUGAUCAACUUGCGGAAACCAAUCCUCAGGCAAUGGCAAUAGAAAAUGAAGGAGAAGGUGAGAUGACUGUUUUUAGGCUUCCAGCCUUUAUGAGUAGGUGCUCUUGUUUGCUUGUUUUGUUUUGAAAUAAUAUCAGGGUUAUAUAAGAACAAAUCUAAAAGAAAUGGAAAUAAUCUAUCUGCGAGUAAAAUGUUAUCACAUUAUACAGCAUUUGAUCGUUUCCUAAUGGCGAGCUAGCUUGACCAAUGUUAUAAUUAUUCUAAAUAUGUCUGUCUAUUCAUAUGCCAUUUCUUUUUACAGGAGUGUUUACAGCAGCGUUUGACUGUCAAAUUGAGUGGUUAAUUGUGAAGGGGAUAGCUGAUUAUGCAGAUGGUUCUCAGUUGCCUUCAGAGAGUUGGUCGUCCUGUGCCAGUGUGAUGGCAGCUUCUCUUGUUGCACACAUUUUGAAUGAACCCUGUGUUUUUCAUUCAUGGCCUCAUUAUCAAGGUAAUAGACACUAAACCCAUUUUGCAUGUGGUUUAUUAUUGUACUGUUUUAUUUUUGCUGUUUUUGAACCAGGGUUAGGCUUGCACUGCAUAAUAAUGUUACAGUAUACUGUGAGUAUGUUCCGCCCAAAAUGCUAUAACUGUUAGCUUAAAAUUUAAAUUUGAUCCUGUGUUCAUAUCUUGUGAUAUGACCACUUUGGUGUAAAUUUUGUUAUGAUUCAUAAUUGAAAAAUAAGAGCUCUUGAUUUAAAACAUUUACUACAGUGUUGCUCGUUGAUUCAGUGGCGUUUGUUCUCAGUCAGUAAACAGACCAGAUUUCUAAAAUAUAAGCCAUUUGGGUAGUAUUACACUAUCAAACAUUAACACCAACUUAGGUGAUGACUUGCGCAUAGGUUGUCGAAAUUGUCGACAGUGCUUUUGAGGACAAUUAUUCUCGUUGAACAAUGGCAUUUAACCUACAAUGAUGUUUAAACCACAACAUUCCCAUGGCUAUCUUUCAUUUCUAACAUAGAUCUCAACUCAUAGUACAAACAAGCCUGAAGUAUGUUAGCUUCUGCUUUAAACGGCGUGUUAUUUCUGUAUUUAAGUGAGUGAUCUUUUUUAUUGCAGAUUUAUCACAGCAGUGCUCUGCCAGCAGAUCAAACGAACAGUUACCUUGUACUCCAGGUACUGAUGUUAAAUGUCAGAAAUGUGUAUCACAGUACAGUAGAUUCAAAAAGUCAUUAAUAAUUCAUCAAGAAAAAACAAAAGAAAGUAUUGUUUAAUGAGUGUCUUUACAUCUGAUAAGGACAUUGUUAAACUUUACGUCCAAUUUUUUAGACCAAAAUAACCUCAAAUCUAGAUAUUAGUGCAAGAACGAGUUCAUCUAUAUCAGAGAAUCUGAAGCCGUUCAAAAAACUCGUAGUCGUGUAUUAUCAGGUUUAAAAACUCUCAGUUUCAUCUCUAGUUGUUACGGUGCGACUAGUAUCCGAGGCCACCUAGACAAAGGUUGACCAAUCGGGUUACAGGAAAGUAACAAUACAUUCCAAGGAAGUUGGUUGAGGUCCAAGCAGCAGCUCGUAGAAAAACAAUAAGUUACUCAAGCACAAAAUUUAAACAUAGGCACGUUUAACGUGCACGAGCUAUUUUGAAUGCUUCAGUGUAACCGUAUCAACAAUCUACUGUUCUAAUCCUAAAUUAAGACUAUUUUUUGUGCGAAAUUGGGUAUCACUGUACAUUAAUGAAAACGCGAACCGCUACGCACAGCUGAGUCAGUCCUCAUACUAUAGAUUCACUUUUCUUUGUCUUUCCUUCCGACAUCUGUUGCGAAGUAAACAAACUGUUAAAGUACCAUGAACAUCAACUCACCAACCGUUGCUUAGAGGGAAGACUCGAAGGUUUCAAGGUUUCUUCAUGGUUUGUUAAGAUAAUGGAGCUCGUCGAAAACCGAAUAGCUAAGAAAUGCCACGAUUUUCAUCAUUGUUGUAGAUGGUUGCAUCCUCAUUAUUCACGAGGUUGUCACGUGCGAUUCUACUUAAUGAAACAGUCUUUAACAUUGACGACUUGAUUCUAAAAGUGUUAUAAGUUUUUGAUUCUUAAAAGAAAGCUUCAUUUAAGGCACUAGUUACAAAACUAAAGUGGUCUUCAUACAAUCAUGUUACUAUUAUUACUGUGAAAAGCCAGUCUGAAUGAGAUAUACAGUCAUACAGUUUGCACGUGAAAGUGAUGGACUUUGGCCCUUUCGUGGUUCGUACGUGAGAUAACUGGAGUUAUCACACAGUAAUUCGGUAAAUAGGAUUAUAAAAAUAACUGAUGCACACAAUUUGCGCGUGAAGGUGUUGGACUUUGUCCCUUUUACAAUUCGUACGUAAAAUAACGUAGCCUGCGUAGCUGGCGGGAUAAUCAUGGGAGUGCUGUAUUGUUUUGGCGGCAGAGCCGCGAGAUAGGGGGGUAUACAAGUCAAUUUGAAGUCCCGCCUGCCACAAUUCUUGGGUAUUUUGAAUAGUCCGCAGCCAGGCUUACGGGAGUUUCUAACUGGCUGAGAAGCGAUAAAAUGCCAAUCAAAUGAUAAUUAAUAUCUCUUCUAUCUCCCAAGAGAAAGUUAGUGCGUUCAUGUGGAAAUGAAUCAAAUUUAGCAAGCUAUAAACAGGCUCCACUCCACUCCACAGUAAGACUUCCGCCUAAAAUAAAUCCUCGAAAGACAUUUUUUUGAGGGAAAUAGAUCUCAAAAUUUAAGACGUGUCUUCUGCAAGUUAAACCACAGGUCACCCAGGCUCUGUGAUAGUACCACAGUACGGUUCCAGUAAAAUUACAAUGUUUGUAUGGGGUAAAAAUACCAUCCUAAAAUUUCGAGGAAAUACUAAAUAAAGAUCAAUGAAACUUACUCUGCAGUUAAUUGUUGUUGUCCUUAUUGCUCCAACGAAGUUUCGUGAUAAUUUGCAGUAAUUUGUUCAAAUUCACUCUAUAUACAAUAAUAAUAUACAAGGUAGGAAACACGAGGUGCCAUUUUCGCCGACAUGCUCUCAUUCAACACAACUUUUUCCACGAAAUUCGAACUCCAACGGAAAAUAAACAUGCCAGGAUCGUAGAAAUAGGAUAGCAGCAGAUAUAGAAACCAAUGAAGCUUUCCCAGAUAGAGAAACGAAUCCCACAGACUUUGACAAACUCGAAGAAUAUAAUCCAAACACACCGAGAAUACGCUCGCCGAAGCAGCCGGGCCAGAUCAACGCGCGGCCAAGAAAAUGAGGCCUGGGCACUGUACAAAAAAAUUCCAUCCCGGGAGUCCUGGGGUGACCUUUCUAGGGACCGAUACAUCAUUUGCCCAAAGCCACCCUCCCCUGCUGGAAAAAUACUUGAUAGAAGGCAAUUGUUCUUCCUAGCCAAUCACUAUUUGCCAGAGCAAACCCCGCACACGCGCCUAAAUUUAAAUGGCUAAAAAAAAAUAAUACAAUCAGGAGAGUCUGCGGAGUUGCAAGGCGCCCCAUUUCUUUUACUAAGGAAUGCAAAUAACAGUAAUGAAACUAAUGAAAUAACAACGCGAAAUACUUACAAGGCGGGCUAAAAACAAGGUUGAACAAAAGGUAGAUGAUGACUGAGAUACUGUUGCUGUGAACUCUCGAGCGAAACUAUCGUAAAUAAACGGUGAAGCUUACAAACUAAUGUCAAAAAUUAUACAGAAAAUUGCGACAGAAUAUGAAUUGCGAUAACUGAGACGAAUGUGAAAGGCACGUGCACUAGUAAACAAAGAACUAGCGCGAUUAACAUAUUUAGCGAUUAAUGCGGCAGUAACACGCCGACUUCUUGUCAAUACAAGUGAACGCUCUAUCGGUUAAAUAUGUGAAUCAUCGUGAUACACCUCUCUUUGAAUUUGGUCCUGUUGUACAAAUGCCUCGGUAAGAGCCAAAAUUCACUUAUAUCUUUUGCUCGUUUUAAGUUUUGUAAAUCGUCCUUCGUUGUUCUUUCCUUUGCCCUUAUAACCUUGCCCUAUUGAUGUUUGAUAAACUUUCUGAGGACCAGCGCCAGGAGCUGAAUAUAGUUCGAGAGGAAAAUAAUCUCUUUAUAACAGGCCAUAGUGAUUGGCUAGGAAGAACAAUUGCCUUCUAUCAAGUAUUUUUCCAGCAGGGGAGGGUGGCCUUGGGCAAAUGAUGUAUCGGUCCCUAGAAAGGUCACCCCAGGACCCCCGGGAUGGAAUUUUUUUGUACAGUGCCCAGGCUUCAUUUUCUUGGCCGCGCGUUGAUCUGGCCCGGCUGCUUCGGCGAGCGUAUUCUCGGUGUGUUUGGAUUAUAUUCUUCGAGUUUGUCAAAGUCUGUGGGAUUCGUUUCUCUAUCUGGGAAAGCUUCAUUGGUUUCUAUAUCUGCUGCUAUCCUAUUUCUACGAUCCUGGCAUGUCUAUUUUCCGUUGGAGUUCGAAUUUCGUGGAAAAAGUUGUGUUGAAUGAGAGCAUGUCGGCGAAAAUGGCACCUCGUGUUUCCUACCUUGUAUAUUAUUAUUGUAGAUAGAGUGAAUUUGAACAAAUUACUGCAAAUUAUCCCGAAACUUCGUUGGAGCAAUAAGGACAACAACAAUUAACUGCAGAGUAAGUUUCAUUGAUCUUUAUUUAGUAUUUCCUCGAAAUUUUAGGAUGGUAUUUUUACCCCAUACAAACACUGUAAUUUUACUGGAACCGUACUGUGGUACUAUCACAGAGCCUGGGUGACCUGUGGUUAAACAUCUACCAUCGAGGUUCUCCAAGAGGAAGUCGAACUCAGCAACUCGCGCACUGCUCACGUUAUGCACAUUCCCAACACAUUGAGUCUCACCUCGGCAAGAAACAACAGCAAGCAGAAAUUCCAAUAGUGUUUCUCUUCAGUCAACUUCAUUUUAAUAAUGUUACUUCACAUGCUCUUUUUUACGGCGGCCAUCUUGUUAUGCGCAGUAAGAGAUGCGCAGUGCAAAACCAGGGAAUCACCUUAAACCUUAGAAAUACGGGUGGAGUAUGCUGUGGAGGAUUCUUGUUUUUAACUGAGCAAAUGUUAUCUUUGCCGAUUGAGAGGUCAUGAGGCCGAUGUGUUUCCUGUGCAUUCCAGCAUUGAUUUCCUUUGGUUUUUGUUUCUGACAGAAUUUGACUUCUGAAGCAUUUUAGGAAAUUCUUUGACCUCUCUUGAAGCAUAAAGCUUUUUAUUGCGGCUAAAUGACUGUUUAAUAAAGGAUUUAGUUUCUCAAGUUUGGAGUAACUGCAGAAUAUCCUGCCUGCAUCCUGAAUAACUUUCAACAAAUGGUUGUUUUGUUCGCGAAUUGAUUGUUACGCUUGGCUUGACUCGUUUGCAGGUCAUUUUCGUAUUACACAACUCUUCAUGAUUGGGUAUUAUAAAUCAAAUGGUUCCAAACAAGGUGACAAAAGUGGGCGGCAUUCAAAACUCAUAAGAAAUGUGAACGAGAAUCCCGCCAGCUACGCAGGCUAAAAAAAAGCAAAUUGUUUACUAGAAAAUUUGCUCAAACAAUUUUAAGAAAUCACCUCGGCUUUACAAUAUCUGCAAUGAAAUUAUGCUUCACGCAACGUUAAGGUUGAUAACCUAACCUUUACCUUCCAAGAAAAUUUUCAAACUGGCGAAAUAUAUUUCUACUCAUAUCACGUUAUUUCACUCAAUAAAACAAUGUGUAAUUAUUUUGUCAACUAGCUUCUUCCCAUUUAAUUCCCUGACGUUACUGUUUCUACUUAAAUUACGCAUCUUUACUAAAAAAAUACGUUUCAAUAACUACAAUGACUCUUAAGCAGCAAGCUUGUUUAACGUUGUUCACCUAAUUCAUGUUUUUAUUUUGCUGGUACGAAAAAGGUCUGUUGAACUUGUAGGCGAGAGAAUAAAGCUUGUUCAAUACUCGCCUUGCCUUUCAGACUUCUAAAAUCACGGUUUAUAGGCCGCAUACUCCAGAAUUAAAGUCCAUACACUGUAUCUAAAUUUCAAUUAUUGUUUCAUUGGACGAACUUUGAAAAAUAUAUCAUCUUUUACACUCUACCUUGAAGCAGGUGAAACAGAAUUCAUAAAUUAUGAAAUACGUGUGUUGUACCAUUCGCGAUAGCCGAAUUAGGUCAGAAAUGUCUUGAAGCAGCACCCACCCUAAAAUAUGAACCCUUAGACAGCUCCAUCACUGUACUUAGUGUUUGAAUCAUAAAGAUAUUUCAAUGUUAUGCUUCUAAACACCUUUAGCCGUAAUAAAAGACGAAAAAAUUGUGAAGAAUCAAGAUGGCGGUCUCAAAGUGCUUUUGUUUGACCUUAAGCCGAGUGAAUGUCAUGUUAGAUGCCAAAAUUUCAUUGGUUCCUACGCAUCAACUCAUAGUACCUUCAACCUUACUGGCUCCUGCAACAGAAAUCCGAACACACAAAGUCACAAAGCCACAGAAAUAAAGACGCUCAGACCACUAACAUAUGAGCUAUUUUUUCAAAAUAGCUCAAAAAUUGAUGGCAAACAUUUUUCAAGAAUGCAAAAUGUUUAACCAGACAAUGUAUUUCUUUUCGAAAUGUAACAUAUAACACCCAAGAGACAUAUUUGUCAGACACAAGCUGUUAUUUUGUCAUUUUCCAACAAUUUCGUCCCUAUUGCUGUGCUUUGCAAUAACAUGCGACCUCAAGUCAAAAAUAUAACCAACGUUUACGUUUUCUGCCUCCGUCACUCACUCUAACGGACCUCUCAGGAAACACGGACUUUCUUCAGCGGAUUCAAGAGGUCAUGUGGGUUGUGUUUGGUUGAUUUCGAUCCAUGUUGUUUAUUUUGUUUCAUGGUAAUUAUGAUUGACGACUAACUUUCUCGUAAUGUGCAUGUAUUGUUAUUUUGCUGUAAUCCGAUUGGUCAACUUUGUCUUGGUGGCCCCGGUUAUAGUAGUCGCACUGUAAACCUAAUAAUACACUCCUGCUUGUUUUUUAAACAGUAUUAUUAUUCAUUCAAAAUAUUUCCCCUAUUCUGAUUGGCUAAAAGCACACGUUUAAUUCACCAUAACCAGUUACUGAUGACCAAGAUGACCAAAUUUGGAAGAAUUUUGUGUUUAGCGAGGACAUGACGUCAAAAAUGCAGCGUUCUUGCAGGUUAAUGCACCGUUAACCGAGAAGACCUGGGGACGAGAUUAAGUUGUUUUGGUUGUGAACUUGAAAAAUGGCGGACAUUUCAUUCGUUUCAAGAGUAACAACUAGGCGAAAAAAUAGCGAAAAACAUGGCAAGAACAGCAAGAAGACAACUCGAAGAGCGACAUCUGCUAUUUGGAGAAUAUUUGCGGAGCUGAACAACCCUAAUUCUUCAUAAGAUACUCAGCCUCAUUCAUUAAUUGUUAACUAAUCAUUACAUCACCAUGUAGAAGUUAGCCAGCACAUCAGUGCAUUUUCCACUUAUUUUCCUCCCUCCUUUUUUUUUUCGUUUGUGGUCAUGGCUUUUGGAAACUGUUAAUGUAGUUUGUUCUACACAAUAUAGCUAGUAUAUUUGGACAAAAUUCCAGUCAUUCUUUAUCUUGUUAUGUUUAUUUGAUUUGGUUGUUUCAGUCAUUUGCUCAGCCCUUCUAGUCCUAGUGUGCUAUGAACACUGUCGAGGGUAAAUAAUUUUUUUUCUAAUAAUAAGUUACAACUUCACUGAACGUAUACUUGUGAAGUGAAUUAGCCUUAUCCACCCUUACAGAGUCUUAUCAACGGAAUUACAUUACAAAACUAGAGCAACAACACAGUCGGAUAUUAACCGAUUAAAAGUAAUUGCAUCCUUUACAUACAUGUAUGCAUACUGCACACAGCAUUGACUCCUCUCUCCUAUCUAUUACCUGACUUCUACCCGUGGGCUUCUGGCUCUGGUCAAGAGUUAAACUGGAAAGCCUUGAAAGGGUCUUAAUUGUUAAGAUACUUACUUUUUUAUUAACAGAUGAUACAACUGCUUUUUUGGAGUGGAGUCAAAGUCAGCUGUGCUCAUUUUACAACAGUACCGCGAGCCAGUUAAUGAUUACUCCUUGGAACAGAGAUAAUACCAUGGACAUUGAUGAGGUGUAUGUUCAGUUAACAGUGCUAAGAGAUGACAGAAAACUUGCUGGAACAACACAAGAAGAGCUUGAAGAUUACAGUGAGAUAUUCACAAGCCAUGGUAAUCAUCUAAUUCCUAAGAGAAUUUUAGUGUAUGGGAGGCCAGGAAUAGGAAAGUCGACAUUGUCAAAGAAACUCGCCGUGGAUUGGUCACGCGGCAACAAAGAAAUCCUAAAGAAGUUUGCUGUUGUACUUUUAAUCAAGCUCCGUGAUGUUUGCAACACGAAAGACUUCUGUGCCAUGCUAAAAAAGGCUGAACUAUUGUCUGCUGAUAACUCUGUGGUUUGUAGUCAGUUGUAUGAUUACAUUCUUCGUAACCAACAGAAAGUCCUACUUGUUUUAGACGGCUAUGAUGAAUACAGCGCCGAAAAAUCAUCACCAGUUCAUCUGAUUUGGAAAGGUAGUCAAUUGAGAGAUUGCACUCUUCUUGUGACAACACGACCGCUGAAAAAAGAUGAGUUAAGACCAGGAAGUCACGCACAGUUUGAAAUAAAUGGGUUUGAUCAGUGGCAAGUGGAAACAUUUGCUCUCAAGUUUCUUUGCAACCUAACAGAAGUAAACAAGUUUACAAAUUUCUUGUGUAGACGCGACCUGUGGGACUUGGCGGAAAUACCACUUCUCUUGUUAAUGUUGGUUCUAAGCUGGAAGGUUUCUGAUUAUCAAGGACCAUCAACAUCCCGCGCAACUCUGUAUAACUCAAAAACAGUCUGCGACGAACUAGUGCACUGGCGGUUUUGGAGUCUCCUCUGUAAAUCUUCGUACCUACUUAUGUCUCUUCUGGAGCGUUUCAAUCCCCUUGAACGUACCGUCCGUGAAAAAAAUGACUGUCUUUAUUUCAAGCUCAGCAACGUGCCUGAGGACAUUCGGUUAUUCCUUGAGAAGUUUAUCAGUUUUGGCUUUCUACAGACUUCUAAUCUUUCAAACUCUCCUCGUCCUGAGAAACUGGCAUUCUUUCUCCAUAAAUCGGUGCAAGAAUUCCUUGCCGCCUCGUUUUUGGUUCGUGAUUUAAAAAAUGCCAAGGAAACCUUCAGCUGUCUGUCGAAAGUCGACUCAUUUAAACGGUUCAUGGAGCUAUCUGAAGUUUUCAAAUUUGUUUCGGAGUUGUCAUCAGAAGCCACUGUUGCUGUUUUUAGCCAUCUGAAGAUGAUAGGAGAAAAAGAAGGUCUGACUGAUUACAACUUCUGUGAAAACCCCUCUAUUGAGGAGCUCACUGAAGUACAAAGAGAGUUUUUUCAUAUUAGUCUCGAUCUUUUCCUUUCUCGCACUGCCUCAGAUAGGGAAAAUGUCUAUCCUUCAUUUCUGCAAUGCGUCAACGGUCUUAUAGUGAUAGGUUGUGUGGAUCAACUGCCUAAAGUUUCCAGCGAACACUGCCUGAGAUCAACAAAUUUCCAUAAGCCAGAUUAUGUUUUUUUUCAAGGUGGGUUUCCAGGUGACCCAGAAGAUGUGGGUGAUCAAAUAUUUUCUGUCAUGUCCGAUUUGGACACUGUUUUUGCGACUUGUUAUGGUGACGUAAAAUCCGUGAAUACGUACCACGACCUAUUCCCUCACGAUUUUUUCAUUAAGAAAGUUGGACAUCGAUUAGUGUUCUAUUUAACUCGUGUUCAGCUCGUUAUAUGUACCAGUCCGAAAUUCAUUGAACUGCUUAGAUCAUCAAUAUCAGCACCAAAGUCCUCUCUUCAAGAGCCUGAUCACGUGUGUGAUGAUGAUGUUUGCAGCUCUUUGGAUUUAACUGAGAAAACAUCUGACCAGACUCUGACACACUUUCUGUCAUAUUUAAGAGAGAUUACAGUUCGGCGCCCAACAAGUGUACUUGUCAGUUUACUUAAUAAUCUAGACCAUCUACGUGUGCCUCGACUAUCUAAGCUCGUUUUAUUUGGUGUGGGUUUGGGAAAUCAAGAGUGUCAGUUACUUGCCACUGCUUUAAAAUAUGUUGGUAAGUUACGUAUUCUGCAGUUACCACUUAACCCACUCGGUCACGGGAUAAGUGAGCUUGCCAAACACCUGCCCAAUGUACCUCAUCUGGAAACGCUAGACCUUCGUGAUACACAGAUGGGUGAAGAGGAAGUCACAGCUUUAGCCCAUGCACUAGUUUACGUACCAGAACUGAAGUUCCUUUACCUUUCCGAAAAUCCGCUGGGCCGCGGAGUGACUGAACUAAUCAAGUGUCUCAGAAGUAGUCCUCAGCUUUCUAAUCUCAUGCUCACUCAAGUUCAACUGACAAAGAAAGAAGCCAUUGAGCUGUGUGCAUUAGCAAAUGAAAGGCGCAUAUACAUGUGGUCAGAUUAUCAUGUAAGUUUCUCUUUUUUAAUUUGCAUUAUUAAUGCCCGUUAUACCCAGGAACUUCCCUGUAGACGAAAAGGAACCGUUCUUCAAAGGGGAUGUGUCGCCAUUCUUAUCCAUACUAGGAAACACACAUUUUUGUAAAAAAACUUGUCGAAUGGUAGUCAAGUCGUGACAACAAUUACUAAUGUAUUUUUUUUAGCUAGCCUAGUAUUUUGUAGCUGUACUAAGGCAUCUCUGUUGGACUUAAAUGAUAUUUCAAACGACUGUGUAAAGCCUUUUAGAGCCCUCCUUUUUUAUUUAUUUUAGUCCUGGGGGCUGGUACUGGUUGUUGUUUCUUUGUUCUGGGGACCGGAAUAGGCCUAUAUGAUGGGAAAGGAUUAUCCUCGAAAUAGUGUAUUAAUUGUCGUACAUUUCUCCUUGGUGUAGGAAUUGGAGUCCUUCUUCUUGGAGCAGGAAUAGGGCGUGCUUCUCCCCCCUCCUUCUGGGAGCAGGGAUAGGGCGUGCUUCUUCCCUUAUAUUAACAAGAUUUUGGAGUUCACUCAUUGUGAUUCCAGAUAAUAGCCUUCUGACUAAUUCAUUACGAUUGCUCGUUAUAUUAUUAUUACUAUAUAUAAUAUUUUUCAUGUCCACGGUCAUUAAUAUAAAUAGUAAGCUUCGCUUUAAAUGAUUUAUAUGGGCAUAAUCACCUUCCCAGGCCCCAAAAAACACCAAAAAUAUGCCAUUUAGGGGCCCAAAACGGCGAAAAAUGCUAUUUGCAAGCCCCAAAACCCCCAAGGUCAAGGUCAAGUUCCAGAAGAAAGGAGCGUGGCCAUUUCCAGGAAUUCCCAAGGUCAAAUCCCAAGGUCAAGGUCAAUGGAGCCCAAGGUCAAAUACAAAAACCAUAUAGUAAACCCGAAAUUUGGUAAUGUCCUCGGACCCCCAUAUACUAUACUACUAGCAGGAGGUCGCUGGUUUGAUUACCGUGACUGUACUAAUACUUAAAACAACUAAGCAGUGAAGGUACUGCGUUUGCCUUGCGUUGCUCCAAUGACGUUGAAGUGGCAGUCCCAUCUAGUAGGAGACAUGAAAACUGUGUCCUCAGUUAGUAAAGUGGAACCUCGACAUAACAAAGGGACUGGCAUAAUUUGUUCGGUAGAACGAGGUUUCGUUAUCUCGAGGUUCUUUUUCAUCUAUUUUGCUAUUACUGGGAUGAAGAAAAUCGUCCGUCAUACGGAGGACUUUGUUAUGUAGAGGUUCGUUAUAUCGAGGUUCCACUGUACUUCCUUGCAAAAUACAUUCACAUUUAAAGUUAAGAAGGGUAAUGAAAUAAGGCGGAGUGGUGAAGCUUUUGAUUCUUUCAUCGCAUUCGCUACUUUAUAUUGCACAAAGAUCCUCUCUACUUUUUUUGACCAGUAGCAGUCUCUCGGUUUCUUCCGCUGGGUGAUAGUAGAUCAGGACAAAACGUAACCUGUGAUUCGGCGAUCCUUCUUCCCUUUUGUUUUGGAGGCGAGGGGUAUAGGACUUUUCCCGAAAAAGAAAACCCCUGAUCGCAGGUCAGACAAAACGAGGAAUUUCUCUGUUUACAGUACAUAGUUUUCCUUCUAGAGGGGCGAUUAAACUUGUGCGUUUCGUUAUGACUUUUUCAAUCACGCUGAGGUUUGUAGAGAAUUAGGAACACCAUUGUUUUCGCAAAACAAUCAUGGCUACCAUUUUCACGAUCAGAGACUAACGAACUAACUCUACGUUAUUUUUAAUCCGUUGCUGUUUGUCUUUUUUGUUAGACAUUGCCUUCGCCUGAUAUUCGCCUAUUUACAGAGGCAGAACUACAAGAAAUGGGAGUCACAUUUGAUGAAGAGUGA